GCAUGCGCAUGGAGCAAACGAAUUGCAACACAGUGCAGACGGUUGUGAUUGAGGCAAGAAUCACCUGUAUUCUGGCAUUCAUGGUGACACACCCAUGGGGUCAGAGCGGCUGGAGAUGCGCAAGAGACAGAUGCAAAUGCACCAGGAAGCCGCGGCCAGUGUCCUCCAAUCACAGCACAGGAUGGGGAACAUGCCCACCAACGCCUCCAAUGCCUGUUGUUUCUGCUGGUGUUGCUGCUGCAGCUGCUCCUGUCUGACUGUUAUGACAGAGGAUGAGAGGAUUCAAAGAAGCACCUAUGAGAGGAGGGCAGAGGGAAUCGCAAACUGUGAUGACAGCCCCAAGCCUACUCUGGAGGAUGCGACAAUAUGGACCAUGUCGUUUGAGAGGCUGAUGAAGAGCCCCGCAGGGCGGGGCUGCUUCCGACAGUUCCUAAGGACAGAGUUUAGUGAAGAGAACAUGAUGUUCUGGUUGGCCUGCGAAGAGCUCAAAAAGGAGACCAACAAAACUGUGGUGGAGGAGAAAGUACGACAGAUCUAUGAGGACUUCAUUUCUAUCCUCUCCCCUAAAGAGGUGAGUUUGGACUCACGUGUUCGAGACGUGAUCAACAAGAACAUGCUGGAGCCCACGUCCCACACGUUUGAGGACGCCCAGCAGCAGAUCUACACUCUGAUGCAGAGAGACUCAUACCCACGCUACAUGAACUCGACAGCGUAUGCCGAAUUACUGCAGGGCCUGGAAGAACCACCACCUGCCACAGAGCCAUAGACUUCCAUUCUCCAUCAAUCACUCUACACAUUGCUCUUAGAUGACACUUGUGUAUCUUAGGUCCAGCUUUCAGUUACAGUUCACAUGUUGAUUGAUCAAUAGGCUCUAUUUACAAAAAUGUCGAUAUUAAGGUGUAACUACUGUGUGCUACCUUAAAUAUUGGCUUUCCAAAAUCCUCAAAGCGAGCAAGAACAUACGCUGUAUUCUAAUUCAGAUUUCAAGAUGUUUCCAAGUAUAUUUAUAUUUUUAUAUUGCCUAGCACUUCACAUUGCACUUUUCUAUAGUUUUAUGAGGGGAAAGCAUGUUGUAUCUGUUGGCACUGCAUUUGUGUAUAGUUCUAUUGUCAGACUUAAAUCAUUUUCAGUUAUUUUUAAUGAAAUCUAAUUUCACUUAAUAUUAAGAAGACAUGGGAAAGUGCCUUGGCAUUAGAUCGUUUACCACUACACCUUCAACAUACAGUACCAGUCAAUAGUUUGGCAACACCUACUCAUUCCAUGGUUUUUCUUUAUUUUUACUAUUUUCUACAUUGUAGAAUAGUGAA